GUAAGAGAAAAUGAUGUUGACGCGUUAGUUCUGCGAUGUGACACGACUGGAGAUAUCUCUUAUUCGUUUGAAAUUGUUACAUCAUAAGCAAAAUUUAUUCCGCAGUAUUUUAGCUUUUAUAAUUACGAUUAAAGAUAAUGGGAUUUGGAAAUUUUCGAUGGAGGAUAUUGUUUAUUAUUAUAUCAGUUUUACUGCUUUGGCAGCUGACAAAAGUGUGGUUGGGUUUUACGCAAAGAAAAUCUGACAUAGAAGCACAGCUUCAGGACAACCAUUUGGUAAUAUUAAGCCAAAAAGAUGACUGGAGUAAACAAAAGAUUCGCAUAGCUGUAUACUAUGAAGCACUAUGCCCAGAUUCACGGAGUUUCUUCAUCAAACAAUUACUGCCAACAUAUCACCGACUUCCAGAUAGCAUACAAGUGCAAUUAAUACCUUAUGGGAAAGCUACAACAAUAAACACAAAAGAUGGCUAUGAAUUCACAUGUCAGCAUGGUCCUAUUGAAUGUGAAGCAAAUAUAAUCCAUGCAUGUUCCAUAGACGUUUUAAAAAAUUCUUCCAUUCAAUUAGAGUACUUAUCUUGCAUGAUUAAGAACAAUAUAGAACCAGUAAUUAUCAUGGAAAGUUGUGCAAAAAAAAUGAAUAUAGAUUAUAAGGAUAUUUUCAAAUGCUCUGUUGAAGCAAAAGGUAAAGAACUUUUAGCCAGAUAUGGAGAGCUGACAAAAGCCUUAACACCAAAAGUUUCUUUUAUACCAACUGUUACACUUGAUGGGAAGUCUGAAAAUCAAGCAAGGAUACUAAAAAAUUUGUUACAAGAAGUGUGCCUACAUUUUAAAGUUAUGCCAAAAGGUUGUACAGUAUAAAAAUAUGUAAAAUAUUUAUAAAACAUAUCUUCCAAUAGAUAUGCUCAAAAUAUAAUAUUUUUCACAUUAA